UUAUGAAAAUGGCGGAAUAUCACAGUACGGCGUCGAUUAAGUUUCUUUAGAUUUAAGAUAGUGUUUUAGUAUAAAUGUCGAUAGUAUAAGAUUAAUAAUAGUGGAAAUAACGAAAUAGUGUAGUUAAUAAAAUGGAGACUAAAGGAAUCGACGGCAUGUGCCGGUGUUGUGCUUCGUCUGGUAUUUUCAAAGACAUGUAUGCGACGUAUAAUUGGAUGGGCGAAGACGAGAUUUAUGCAAAUAUGCUACAAUAUUGUUUUGAUAUAACAUUAUCAACAGCAGAAGACCAGAACAAUGGUGGUAUUUGUGAGGUAUGCAUCACACAGUUACGUAAUGCUGCAAACUUCAAGAAGCAAGUCCAACAGACUGAGGUGCAGUUCAAGAAGUUGUUGGAACGAAAAGAAUUUAGUCCUAAACCGGUGAAAAUAGAAAUAACAGAUAUGACAGAAUUAAUGGAUGAUGCUAUCCACUCUGAUAAUGAAAUGUCUGAUUCCGAUGCAGAAUUUUCUGUUAAUAUAAAACGAGAGAGUCCGGAGCCAAAAGCUAAGAAGAGAGCGAAAGCGACAAGUUCCAGAGCUGAUGAUGAUACCGGCGAACCAUCAACAAAACGAACUGAUUUGGAGCCUUCAAAGCGCAGAAAGAGGAGUAAGAAAUCAACAGAAAGCGCAACACCGGAACGUAUAGAACAUAGAGUUAAUUUGACAUCAAUACUGCAGCAUUCGAAUGCAACACCAUUCCGUGAUAAAACAAUGAGAGGAAAACAUCGUAAGAUAAGAAAAAUCGGAACAGAAUCAAGCGAAUUAAACGAUAAAAGCAGGGGUCAUGAAUUAAUGAAACAUAGAAAUAAUAUCAGAGAGAUAUUAAAAUGUUCCAAUGCAACACCUAUAAGAUGUCAUGUAGGCAUUGGUUACGCGUGUGCAUUCUGUGAUAAACAAUAUCCAGACCCGAAGGACCUAAAGAAGCAUACAUUAGAAGAACAUGAUUCAAAAACAAAGCGGAAGUUUAUGGAAGGAAAACAAAUGUUUUCUUAUAUUGUAAAGCUUGAUAUUACCUCUUUGAUAUGUAACCUCUGUGGUACCAACAUACCCACAUUAGAACAAUUAAUAGACCAUUUAAUUAAUGUACAUAAUAGAAAAUUUUAUAUUGACAUCAAUAAUCAUAUAUUACCAUUCAAAUUUGAUAAUGAUCUGUUACUCAAAUGCGUAUAUUGUGUGAGCUUUUUUAAUAAAUUCAAAGCUCUAUUGGAACAUAUGAACAUACAUUAUAGGAAUUACGUCUGCGAUGUUUGUGAUUCGGGAUUCGUAAAUAAAAAUAUAUUAUUGAAUCAUUCAGAGGCACAUAAAAAGGGUGUAUUCAAAUGUGAUUACUGUGAUAAAGUAUACGAUACUUAUCGUAAGAAGAAAUCACAUGAAAAAGCUGUCCAUAUACAUUUAAAUAUGUUGAACAGAUGUGGAUACUGCAAUGAAAGAUUCAAUACUUACAGUAGAAAGUUGGAACAUUUGGUUAAAGUUCACGGCGUACAAUCGCCAGCAUUGAAAUGUCAGGCUUGCGACAAACAAUUUGAAACACAAAAAUCUCUAACAGUUCAUGUGAAACGGGAUCACUUAUUAGAAAGGAGACAUGAAUGCAAGAUUUGCGAUAUGAAAUUCUUUGUGACUCAUCAAUUGCAGCAGCAUAUGAUUAAGCAUACAGGUUUGCCUAGUUUUGUAUGCGAAGUAUGCCACAAAGCGUAUAAGCGUAGAAAGACAUUGAAAGAACAUCUUCGAAUCCAUGCUGAUGAUAGACGGUUUAAAUGCGAACAUUGUGGUCAAGCGUUUGUACAGAAAUGCAGCUGGCGAGGUCACAUGCGUGCGAAACAUGGAGAAGCAGUGUAACAAUUUAAAAAGUAUUUAUAAAAAUAUAAAUUAAUAUCUAUUUAUACUAAUAAAGUCUAUGAAAUGGACCUCUUUGCUUUCAAUUUAACAAUGGCAGAUGCCAACAACAUUGUAUGCACGAAUGUGUCGGCUUGGCCGAUGCAAUACCAAGACCCAGAGGACAGGCGUCAAAUGGAACUAAUUCAGCGUUUCGUAUAAGACCUAAGGUUACUCUUCUUUCCUGUCCUACUCUUUUCUUUUAAGGAUAGGAUAGGGAGGGAAGUGAAUAAUACAGAUCUACUCUGUCGUUUAACGGUAGCAACAUCUGCAAUUGCGGAUGUCUAUGAGUAGAAGUCGCUUCGCUAUUUCGUCGUAUCCACCGCCGCUUUGCCGCUUACUCGUUUGCCAUCUUGUAAUAAAAAAAUGACAUUAGUGCUUGUUUUCCACUACUAACGUUUACGGAGGUACACUCGCGUUCGUUCAUGGUAUAACACCUCUAUCGAUAAGCUCAGCUUAAACCCAUCGGGCAACCAAUUUUUUUUCUUAUUGGGCGGAAUGAUCUUUUUGGUCGGUGGAUCAGUGAGUCAAGCGGAAGUCGAAAGCUACUACGUUAUAUAAAUAUUAAUUCAGUUUUUAUGGACAUCAUUACCUCCGACUAUUGUCUAUUGAAAUUUUACCAAUUUCGGGAAAAGCAAAAGAAAAAGGACGGAUGAAGUGUUUUCUUCAUAUAUUCAAAGGAU